CGCCGGGUCGGACAGGAGGACACACACCCAUCUGACGAGGAGAAUUAAGUGUUACGUGUGAGGAAAAGCUUUCUAAUCUCUGAUCUCUUGGAUUAUUUCUCCGAUGGACGGGAUUUAGCCCCUGUCCGCGAUUUUUGGCCACUGUUUUACGCACCACUUUUUGCGCGCUCAUAUUUACGCCCCCUUGGCAUUUGCACGAUGGAUUAAACACUCAUUAGUUUUAGCCCAGUUUUUGAUUUGUGCUCUCUAAACAAUUGUGGAUUAUUAAUGGACUCGCAUCAUGCUAAAUGAUGAUGAUCUUUUGGUCGCUGGAGCGCGCAGCCGUAGGUUGGAUUAAGAGCAAAAGACUUUCCACCGCGCUUUGGUCAAGCACCUGCUUAUUCUCCUGAGACACUUUGACCUGUUUUACGCCCUAUUGACGCGCUGUGAUGGAGAGCGAGCUGAGACCCAGGCUCUGUUUCCUGAUCAAAGGAGAGCGCGGCUAUGGGUUUCACCUGCACGGUGAGCGGAAUAGAGGCGGACAGUUCAUCCGCAAAGUGGAGCCCGGCUCCUCCUCGGACCUGGGCGGGCUGCGACCGGGAGACCGGGUGGUGGAGGUGAACGGGGAGAAUGUGGAGAAUGAAAAACACCAUCAAGUGGUGGACCGUAUCCGUGAGGUGCCCCACCGCACCAGGCUGCUGGUGGUGGACAGAGACACGGAUGACUACCUCCGCAGCCGUGGCCUGGCCUGCACCGAGGACCUGGCCAUCGAGAUGGGGACCUUUUCCCCACGGCCUUCGCCAAGACCUACCCCUUCUACCUCUCCCAUACCCAGAGGAAACUCGCCCCUGUCACCAAAACCCAACCACACAUUUCAUCCUCCUGCUGCAGACUCGCCCACACACUCAAUCACACAAGCCAAGGUCAAGAGAUCCUCAUUAACGUCAAGUACGACAACAGACACAGAGCUGCAGGAGCAGCCCUCACCAGAGUCGACGGUUGAGCUCCUUCCCCGUCUGUGUCACCUAGUGAAGGGAGAGCACGGCUACGGUUUCAACCUGCACAGCAAUAAGACAAAGCGAGGACAGUUUGUGCGCUCAGUGGACCCCGGCUCAGCUGCUGAGAGUGCAGACAUCAGGCCUGGAGAUAGAUUAGUGGAGGUGAACGGAGUGAACAUAGAGGGCCUGAGGCACUCAGAGGUGGUGGCCCUCAUCAGAGCACAAGGGGAGGAAGUGCGCCUCCUAGUGGUCGACCCAGAGACAGACGAGAUCUUCCACAGACUUGGCGUCACACCCACCACCGGCCAUAUCAAAGAGGUCUAUCUGGAUGUGUCAGCCACAGAAAGUGCCCCACCCACCCCCUCUCCGACCACUGAACUCCCCGCCACAGAUCCACCAGUCAUAAACGUCACGCUGACAGACUCCCCAAUCACAAACUCGUCCCCGAAAUCCCGGACCAAUGGGAGCUCAGCAUCUCAGUCGUCAAGAAGUUCCACAACCCAAUCAGAGAUCAGCAGCUCGGACAUGAGCAUCCAGGUUCCUGAUGAGGACGACAGGCGUAUUUCGGACCCUUUCGUGGACAGUGGUCUACGUCUGAGUCCCACAGCUGCUGAGGCGAAACAAAAGGUCCUCGCCAGCCGCCACAAGAAGAGAGCACCUGCUAUGGACUGGAGUAAGAAACAAGAGAUCUUUAGCAACUUCUGACCGCAGAACACAAAGAGAGAAAAGAAGAGAAGAUCGGCAUAGUGGGAGGAAUAAUAUAAGUACUUUUAAAAGCAUGAGAAGAAUGCAAUAAGCACCUUAACAAGAAGUGGUCCAAAAUAAAGCAAGAAAUUAGAAAAAAAAAGUUACAAGAAAAUUGCUUGAAAAUAAGCAAAAUAAUGAUAAAAAAAAAAAAUCAUAAUAAAUAAUAAUAAUAAUGACCAUCAUCAUAAUAAUCAGAAUUAUUAUUAUUAUAAAGACAGACAAGGAAGUGACCUUAAGCAAGUAGGAAAAAUAAAAUAAAAUAACCUGUAACAUAAUUUUAAAUAUAGAUUAGGGUUGUUUUUUCCCCCCUUUUUUUGGAAAUCUAAUAAACUCCCCACAAAUAAAUUUCAUUUCCACUGUCUAUUUUUCCCCAUCUUUUACUUUUCUUUUUUUCUUGCCUUUCUUAGACUUUUUCUCAUGUUUUCAAAAGAAAUCAACCCAGUUUUCGGAGGUUUCAGUGCCUGCAGGUGUCUGAUUGCAAUGCAACAAAACUGAUGUGGAUUCGGGUUUUAAAGGGUUAAAGAAAGAGUGAAGUGAGAGGGAAUAAAACUCCGGUAGUAACGCUUGUAGUAAUAGUCUUAAAUUAUUUGUGUGUAAAACCACAUUGUAAGAUAUCAAAUAGUGUUUUCUAGAUACUUAUUUUAGUAUCUGUGAGGACAAACACAUGAUCUGUGGAUGUGUCAGAACUCCUAAAAUACACUUCAUUAAACAAUAUCAUAGAUGACUGGAAAACCAUCAGCUCAGAGACUCACACUUGCAAAUGGUGCCUGGUCUGUGUACAGUGUUUCUCUUUAUCAACGCAUAAUAAUUUCAAAAACAUAGUUACUAUGUAGAUAUGCUUUUCUGUUGUAACUUUGUUAGAUUUCAUUUUUUGAACUAUUGUUGUUCUUUCAAUUUACAAUGCGCUCAUCACAGCUGGAGUAGUUAUAUUACGUUUUAUUUAAUGUCACAUAUCACUUUCAAAUGUACAUAUAAAGAAAUGGUAGAGGCUUAAGUUAUAAAAUGUAUUUUGUUGGAUCACCUCAGUGCUUCUCUUCAAUGUUAGAGUGAUUUCUGUAAAGGAAAAUAAUUUAGAGAGAGAUGGUCGACGUGAUAGAAAAGAAACUGUAGACCCUCUGAUUUAUUGUUGUAGCUUUUUGAGGAUUUCUCUCUCAAAUGUGCAUAGCUGAAACUUCUCACAAUGUGAAAUAAACUUUCAGGAAAUGUAAAUGCCACCAUUUGAUGUCAGUUAUCGUUGAAAUGUGCCGUGGGGCGAGUAUUUUUUUGGAAGCCCAGGAUUCAUGUUAAAUUAUGUUUUGUGCAUAAACUUUGUCAAUAAUGGAUGUAGCUGCUGAGACAUCACUGAUUGAUUUGUGGAAUUCCAUUUUGAAGCUUUUAGUUUGGCAUUUCAGCCAUUACCAUCUUGGUUUUUUUGGAUCCAGAAGUAACCAUAUUUAGACGAGAGGGUGGAGCUGCGGAUGAGCAGGGCUGGAUUUCA